AUGAAAAUAUCAACAAAUUACUGGUGGGAAGAGGAAUUCCUAGAAGGAGUACAAAAUUUCAAGGAAAUUCUUAUUUUUAUUGCUGUUAGCACAAGUAUUUUAACAGUAUUAUUAUCAUUAUUUUAUGAUCGUAUUAAUUCAUUAUGAAUUGGAAGUACAAUAAUGGCAAUAAUAGUAAUAGGAGCUGCGUAUCUGUUUUGCACAAUUGAGUUCGAAAAUAAGCUGAUCCUUGCUAUACCAGUAGCAAUACUAAUAAAAAUAAUAUGUGGAAUUCUUUAUUUAGCCUCAAUAUAUAUACCAAAAUAAAGUGAAAGAACUAUAAUCGUUUUAUUAAAACCCAACCAUUAUUAAUUUUUAUUAUAUUAAAGCUUCAAAUUUAUUCUUACCAUAUUUCAUUCAAAAUAAUUCACAUCAAAAAGCAUACAAUUUCGACUGAAUUUCAAGUUUUAUUUAUAUUCCAAUCAAUGACAAUUUAUAUAUAUAUUGAAUUUAAAAGAAGAAAGAAAAGCUUUGAGAGCUAUGCUUAUAUUAAAAAAUUAGAGUUCAUUAAAAAAAGGCUAGAAAUUAUUUUGCAUGCAUUUCCAGAAGGUCUUUUAGUGCUUUCAAGAGACCUUCACAUUGAAUAUAUAAACAUGCGCUUUUGCAAUUUAUUAAAUUGUGACGAACAAGGAGCUUUAAAAAUUCUGACUCCCCCCCCCCCCCCUCCGUGAGCGAACAAAAAAAUUUUGUUCGCUCACGGAGGGGGGUUAAUUUUUUUUUUUUAAAAAAAAUUUAUAUAUAAAUUUUAUAAAAAAUAUUUUUUUUCGAAAUUUAAAAAAAAUCCUAAUUUGCAAAAAUUGGGAAGCAAAUAUUAAUUUAAUUUGCAAAAUUUAUGUUUUUAAAACGCAAUUUGUUUAAAAUUAAACAGAAUUAGCUCUAGAUUUCAUUAUACUAAUUAUCACUUAUAUAUCAAAAUUUUUUUCCAUUAAAAUUUUUUCUAUUAAAAAAAAUUUUUGUUCACUCACGGAGGGUGGGUUUUUGGUCAAAAAAUGGCGAUUUUUCUAAUGGUUUUGUUCGCUCACGGAGGGGGGGGGGGGAGUGAGCAACCUUGAGUAUGACUCAGACAAAAAAUUUUUUAAUAAUUUGACAGAAUCCAAUUUACUUAUUGAUGACAUAAAAGAAUGCUUUAACCUUAUGCCAAAUCAAGAAAAAAUCCUUGGGAUUGCUCAGUAUAGCUAUAUGAGUCUUGAAUGGAAAAUCAAUAAAAUAGAAUGGGGAAAUGAUGAAGCUGUAUUAAUUACAGCAAGAAACGUAACACAUGUAAUUGAAUUAGAAAAAAAUUCAGCUGAAAAUAGAUGCAAAAUUGCAUUAAUUAGGUCGCUUUCUCAUGAAUUGAGAACUCCAACUGCUAAUAUCAUAAACUUUACAAAUCAGGUCAUUGAUGAAAUUGGCAAUAUUUCUGAAGAAUUACAAGAAAAAUUGCAAUGCAUUUGUGUGUCUUCAAAAAUCCUUUUGUAUUUAAUUUGCGAUCUAUUGGAUUUUUCACAAAUUACCCAAUCAAUUUUCAGUGCUAAUAAGCAUAGAUUUAAUGUUCAUGGGAUUUUCAAUGAGCUAUAUGAUAUUUUUAGGGUUGUUGCAAAGAGAAAAAACUUACCCCAAAAUUAUUAAUAAAAAAAUAAAAUUAAAAAAAUAAUAAUUAUUUUUUUUUAAAAAAAAUUAUUUUCAAUGGAAAAUUAGACUUAAUUUUAAGAAUUGAUCCAGAACUACCAGAAUUUGGGUAUUCAGAUUCUUUAAGAAUCAAACAAAUUAUUGUGAAUUUUUUAAACAACGCAAUAAAAUAUACAAGUAAAGGAACAAUUGAAAUCUGUGCACUUUUGAGCCAAGAAGGAAAAUUAAAAGUUAUGAUAAAAGAUUCAGGUAUUGGGAUCCCAGAAGAGCGGCUUUCUCAAUUAUUUAAAAUAUUUAGCUCGGUGUAUUCAUCUGAUGUAACUUCACAAGGAUGUGGCCUAGGCCUGCACAUUUCAAACUUACUUUUAAAUAAAUUGGGAGGCUCAAGUAUCUCUGUGGAAUCUAUAUCUGGAAAAGGAACAACAAUUGGUUUUGAUUUAGAAAUAUUUGAAAAUGUCCCUAGCUUUGAAUCUCAUGAAGAAGAUCCUUUAGUUCCUGAUGAAAACCCUUCUAUAAAAAAGAUUAAAUUGAAUAUUUAUAUUCUCUAUAUAAGAAAAUUAAGUCUGAUAAAGCUAAUUUUUUAAUUAAAUAUAGGUUUAGAGAUCAUUAUAGAUAAUUAUAAUAAAAAAAAAGCAGAUGAAUUGCCAGAAAUUUUGAUUGUAGAUGAUAUAGAAUUCAAUCGUGCGGCAUUAGCUUCUAUCCUUGAUGCUAAUAGAAUUCCUUAUAUUGAAGCUGAAGAUGGCAAAGAAGCAGCAUUAACUGUACAAAGAUAUAAUUCAACUGAAAAACCUUUAAAAUUAGUAAUAAUGGACUGUGGGAUGCCUGUCAUGGAUGGAUGACAGUCAACAAAGGAAAUAAAGCACUUAUUUGAGGAAGGAAAAAUUAAGCAUAUGCCUCAUAUUAUUGGGUAUUCAGCAUUCACAUCAGAUGAGGACAUUAAAAUGUGCUACGCUGCUGGCAUGACCAGUUAUAUAUCAAAGCCAGCAUCAAAAGAAUUGAUUCUAGAAAUCGUGAAGCAAUAUGUUGAAUAG